AUGACUGCGAAGAAUUCGACCGAGACACCGUUUGAGAAAGGAGAAGUGAUCGAAGAAGAGUACGCCCCACCGAAGGAUUCCGACAGCCUGUCAAUCAAUGAUGCAGCGAGAGGAGACAACCUCCCAGACAACUACUUCCUCAGUGUUUCAUUCAUCGGGACUCUUAUUGGACUUUGCCUUGCACAGAUUGCUGCAUACAUCUUUUUGAUUCUCCCGACCAAUGUGUUGACCUUUAUAGAUGAGGACAUCGGACCAAGCAAGAACAUAUCAUGGGUCAACAUUGCAAGGACCUUAGCGGAGAGUACCAUGUUUCUGGUGUCUGGGCGGUUGAGUGACCUCUUUGGGCGUCGUUGGUUCUUCAUUGGCGGGAAUUGCGUCUGCCUGAUUGGUGUCAUCGUUGGGGCGUGUGCCAAAAAUGUCGAUUCGUUGAUUGUAGCCAGUGCUGUCUAUGGCUUGGGAGAAUGCAUCCAGCUGAGCUUUGGUGUGGCCAUUGGAGAAUUGGUAAAGAACAAACACCGUCCGAUGGUAAUGUCGUUCAUCUUUGCGACUUCCGCCCCUAUUGCAACGUUUGGGCCGAAGAUUGCACGUGCGUUCGUCUUGAAUCCCUCAUUAGGGUGGCGCUGGACAUACUAUCUCAACAUCAUUGUCAUUGGUGUGGCAAUCAUACUUCUCUUCUUCUGCUACCAUCCACCAAACUUCCGCAUGUUGCACGAGCAUAAGUCGAAGAAGCAACAGAUGAAGGAGCUAGACUAUCCUGGGAUAUUCCUUUGGGCUGCUGGAUUGGUAUUGUUCUUGAUGGGCAUUUCCUGGGGAGGAGGCUUAUAUCCAUGGAAAUCAGCCUCCGUUAUCUGCACAAUAGUGAUCGGCGCCAUGUGCCUGAUCGCUUUUGGCUUCUGGGAGGCCUACGGAAAUACACGAUAUCCCCUGAUGCCCAUGAAGUUCUUCCGCAAUCGGGGCUUCAUAUCCCUUGUUGCAUGCGCCACAGUUGCAUCCAUGUUCUACUAUUCGGCGGUGCUGCUGUGGCCACAGCAAGUCUCCACCAUGUACACAUCUGACAUAAAUUACGCAGGCUGGCUUUCGUGCACUGUAUCCGCAGCAACGGCGCUUGGUCAAGUCGCCGCCGGCGGAAUAAUCAAGAUCUUUGGAGGAACCCGAUAUUGGCUUAUAAUUUCUGCUUUUGGAAUGGUUGCCUUUGUAUCAGCUUGUGCUUCAUUGACACCAAGUACGAAGAGCAUGGGUAUUGCGUUCACUAUCCUGGGACCAUUCUUCGUAGGGUUUAUCGAGCUGGCUGCUCUAUCUCUUGCACCACUUUUCUGCAAGGCAGAGGAUAUCGGCCUUUCAUCUGGAAUGCUGGCAUCGAUCCGGGCAGCGGGUGGUUCAAUCGCAGUUGCAGUGUAUACGACCGUCCUAACCAACAGACUCUCGACGACAAUUGCUAGCGUCGUUGGUGGCGCGGCUGUUAAUGCAGGCCUUCCAGAGUCCGAGCUUCCAGAAGUGCUGGCUGCAAUUUCGGCUGGCACAGUUGCAGAGGUUCCUGGAAUCACUCAACCAAUCCUCGCCGCAAUCACAAGCGCUGUUCCCACGGCCUAUGGCCAGUCAUUCAAGACGGUAUACCUCGCCUCACUGGGGUUCGGAGGUAUUGCCAUUGUGGGUAGUCUGUUAACCGUGGAUCCGAAGAAGCAUCUCACUGACAAGGUCGAACGGCGAAUGCAUGGCAAAGCUAUUGGGGGAAACAUCGAAAAGGUCAAGCAGAUUGCAGAAGUUUAG